AUGGUCUCCUUCACCCAGCUUUUCCUGGCUGCGUCCACCAUCGUGGGUGCCUUCGCUGUUCCCGGCGAAUGGAACAAGCGCCAAACGAUCACCACCAGCCAGACUGGUACCAACAACGGCUACUACUACUCUUUCUGGACCAACGGUGGUGGUACCGUCGACUACACCAACGGUGCCAAUGGCCAGUACAGCGUCUCCUGGAAGAAUUGCGGUGAUUUCACCUCCGGCAAGGGCUGGAGCACUGGAAGCGCCCGGAACAUUAACUUCUCCGGAUCCUUCAACCCUUCGGGCAAUGCUUAUCUCGCCAUUUACGGCUGGACUACUAGCCCACUCGUCGAGUACUACAUCCUGGAGGACUACGGUACCUACAACCCGGGCCCCAGUAUGACCUACAAGGGUACUGUUACCAGUGACGGUGCCACCUACGAUAUCUAUGAGCACCAGCAGGUCAACCAGCCCUCCAUCCAAGGCACUGCGACCUUCAACCAGUACUGGUCCAUCCGCCGCAGCAAGCGCUCCAGUGGUACCGUGACCACUUCCAACCACUUCAAUGCUUGGGCCUCGCAUGGAAUGAACCUGGGUAGCCACAACUACCAGAUUGUCUCUACUGAGGGUUACCAGAGCAGCGGCUCUUCUUCCAUCACUGUUUCUUAA